GCAAGCUCAAAAAGUAAAGUCAUUAGAAUGCGUUUGAAAGACGGUGGAAUCCCUCAUUUCGUUUUGCUGAUAGUUGUUAUUGAUUGGCGAUUUCAUUGUUAGCAAAAUCAUUGUUUACAAAAAGGUAGCCGAGUAUUCGAAGGGAUGGGCCGAAUAUUGCCGUUAUAUGGGCAAUGUGAAAUGGUUGUUCUAUUCCGGAGAAAUAUAUGCGUUUGCCCGGACUGAAAGCAUUGCGGCUUACGGUGACAUUUUACAAGCGUUGGAUAGGGUUGUAGACGGUGUAAAAUAUGCAUUCGUUAGUUGGCCGCCUGGCUUGGCCCGUCCGAAGCAUCCGUCUUCUCUCCCGUUGUCGCCAUGACGACCAGUCACGUGACGGCGCCGCUAGAGGGAGCCGGCGCACGCUCCGUGCUACAGCACAUCCUGUCCCCCGCACACACACUCAAGCACAGCCAUGGCCGUCGUCUUAGCAUCUAAACCAUGUAUGAACCGUCCAAUACAGGUGAAACCGGCCGACAGUGAGAAUAGAGGGGAAGACCGGAAGUUGUUCGUGGGCAUGCUCAGUAAACAGCAAGCAGAAGAUGAGAUCAAGCAGCUAUUCGAACCGUUCGGAACAAUAGAGGAAUGCACCAUCCUCAGGGGUCCUGAUGGCCAAAGUAAAGGUUGCGCGUUUGUGAAAUUCAGUUCUCAUGCAGAGGCCCAAGCUGCCAUUAAUGCACUGCAUGGAAGCCAAACAAUGCCUGGAGCAUCAUCUAGUCUAGUUGUGAAAUUCGCCGACACAGAAAAAGAGCGACAGUUAAGACGGAUGCAGCAAAUGGCGGGAAAUAUGGGACUUCUCAAUCCAUUCAUGUUUAAUCAGUUCGGUGCUUAUGGUGCUUAUGCCCAGUUCGUACAACAGCAAGCAGUCCUGAUGGCAGCAGCGGCCCAAGGGAGUUACAUCAGUCCUAUGGCGGCAUUAGCGACGGCCCAGUUACCCCAAAUUGGAGCAGUACCGAAUGGUCUAACUAGUCCAGCUCUAACUCCAACGUCAGUUUACAGUGAUGGAGUUUUACACUGUGUACAAAUAUCGGACCCUUUGGACACUAUAGUGAUGACGGCUAACUCGAGACCAGCUUCGUCAGGUGCAGGGACACAACCAGUUAAUGGUGCUAUCCCUAACCUGCCUUCUCCUACCAUGCCAAAUUUUACAGUACCACAGGCCAAUGGACAAGCUGGUGAGGUAUAUGCUAAUGGCAUGCCACACUAUCCGCGUAAGUAGCCCUACUCCUCUAUCAAUUUU